CCCUAAAUGUGUCAGACACAGAGGCAGCCAGGGAAGCGAAGAAAGGCAAUUGGUGGGUUCUAUCUCCUUUCCUUUUUAUUUGUUUAUCAGUAUUCUUUCAGUGAUAGAUAGCUACGUCUAUUUUCUAUUGAAGCUCACGUACCAUGACUGAACAAUCAGCGCUGCUUCUUCGAAAACAGCUAGCAGAGCUUAACAAGAACCCUGUGGAGGGCUUUUCAGCUGGCCUUAUAGACGAUGAUGAUAUCUACAAAUGGGAGGUGGUCAUCAUUGGCCCACAGGACACACUGUUUGAAGGGGGAUUUUUUAAGGCCUACCUGACCUUUCCAUAUGAUUAUCCAUUGAGGCCUCCAAAGAUGAAGUUUAUCACUGAAAUCUGGCAUCCCAAUGUGGCGAAGAACGGCGACGUUUGCAUCUCUAUUCUGCACGAGCCGGGAGAGGACAAGUUUGGUUAUGAAAAACCAGAGGAGCGGUGGCUACCCAUCCACACAGUGGAGACCAUCAUGAUCAGUGUAAUCUCUAUGCUGGCCGACCCCAACAGUGACUCGCCAGCUAACGUGGAUGCUGCGAAAGAGUGGAGGGAGGAUCCCAACGGGGAGUUCAAGAGGAAGGUGGCUCGCUGUGUACGGAAAAGCCAAGAAAUGGCCUUUGACUAGACCAUCCGUCAAUGUUACAAAAAUCCAGGCUAAAGGAAAUGGCUUCUUGAGGAAAAUCUUUUCAUUCUUCAAUAAAAAAGGCUUUUUGUGCCGUGCUUUUGCUAGUCCGGGGACAUGGAAAAACAACCAGGCAGCCAUUUUGGUUGUUUCUGAAAGGUUCUUGUGUUUAGUGAGGAGUGAAUGUCGGAAAAGUGUACCAGCUAAGUCAUUUUUGAUUUCCUACCUGGAAAGUGUAUAUUUAAUUUAAUUUAUUUGAAGAAUAUUAUAAUAAUGUAAAAUAUGUCACUACUGUAAAUGAACUUGCUUUUUUAUCAGCUGCUGAAUGGUUUCUACUUUAUACCAGGGUUCUUAUGCAAUUUCUUGGGUAUUAUGUUUGUGGUGCUUAAGGGGGUGGGGGAAAAAACAGAAAAGCCAGUGUCCUUUAUUAACCCUCCAUCAUCAUCAUCACUUAGCAAGGUGAACGGCAAAAUUGGGCACAUUUACAUUUCCCUCAGCAAGAGUUCAACCUUGUCUGUCAAUCACUGCUGCCUUACCUUUUUCCCUUCUCUCUUCUGGUAUUCCUGCUGUCACUAUAAGCUGAUCCUUACUAAGAGGCAAAUUUUCUUCAGUUUUUAAUUGACAUUUGUUUAAUAAACCAAAAAUGAAAAAUAAGCUGUGAUUUAUUUUAUUUUUUUGGUGUAUAUAAAUAUGUACCAUACUGGCACCUGGAUUUACCUCAACUCUGGCUUGUUUUUUCCCCCCCAAUCAUUCUAUAAAUUUGAAAUGUUUUCUCUCUCUUUCUGAAGUUGUCAUUUUGGUGGAAGCACACUGACAUUACAGUGCAUGUGGCCAUUGUUUGUUCUGCUGUUCUUUUGGCACACUUGAUAUCCUGCUCAUUAAGCUUUAGUCCUGUGUAUUAUUUUUAGUGACUAUUUUGAGAAAUCACAUGUCUAAAUUUAAGAGUCCAAUCACCACCCUUUGAAGACUCUAGAAAGCCUUGUGUGAACAGGUGAUUCUUUUAGUCGUACCAUAAGGCAACAUUUACGAAGGCACAAACAGGAAAAAAUUGAAAAGCUGUUACUGUUCUCAUGUGAAUUCUGCUGGAUUUUUUUUUUUUUUUUUUUAAAUCAUUCUUUCAUCCAUGGGUGUGGUAUAACAAAUGGUGAUGGGUUGAUAUGUUGAAGGGCCAUACCGUUUGUUUGCAUUUAGAUGACAACAGAUAGUAAUGUUGUUACUUUUGUGACGCCACAUUUCCUGUCAUUACAAGUGCUCCUUUAGCAUUGGCGCUGUGAAUUGUCGUUUCUGUGCUUCCUGCCAGCCACCCCCACCACCCCCCCCCAUCAUAAACUGUCCUCCUUUGACCGGUACGCACUGUAUUCAUACCAGAUAAAUGGAGCAUAUCAAACAUCAUGAAGCAAUACAAAUGGGAAAAUCACACCUUUUCUUCAUCUAAAUGGUUUAUUUCAAGAGUAAAUCCCCCCCCCCUUUUUUUACCCUGAUGUAUUUUGAUCACCACUUGUUUUGUGAAAUGUGUAUUCAAUCUGAGCCCCAAUAAAGUGUGUAAAAACUUA